AUGGAGUUGGUAGCUGCAUAUCUUCAUGAUCAGGCUUUACAACGUGAAAGACAUUAUAGGGACCCCUUGGAUCCUUUGCAUUUUAAUGAUAAUCAGUUAUUGCGGUACUAUAGAUUUCCAAGACGUGAAAUUUUGUGGCUCUGUGAGGUGUUGGACCCAUACUUGAGAAGAAGAACACGGAGGUCACACGCAGUGCCAACCCACACACAAGUGCUUGUGGCCUUACGCUUUUAUGCUAGUGGAACAUUUCAGAGUGUGAUUGGUGACUCAUGUGGACUAACACAAGCAAGUGUAAGCAGGAUAAUUGCAGCAGUGACCAGAGUGUUGACAGAAAAGGCAAGAAUAGAAAUAAAGUUUCCAUCAAGUGCCAAUGACUUAAUGAAGACUGUCCAAGAUUUUUCAAGAUUUGCAAACUUUCCGAAAGUCAUAGGAGCCAUAGAUGGUACUCACAUUCCAAUUAAAGCACCAUAUGUUGAUGAACACAUUUAUGUUAACAGGAAAAGGUUUCAUUCAUUAAAUCUACAGAUAGUUUGCAAUGCAGAUGGACUAAUAACAAGUUACAACACAAGAUAUCCUGGCAGUACUCAUGAUGCAUUUAUUUGGUCCAACUGUGCACUACGUACUCGAUUUGAGACGGGGGAAUUUGGAGAAAAUUAUUUACUAGGUGAUAGUGGCUAUCCCCUUGAGCCAUACCUUUUAACGCCUCUGUCGAAUCCAAGAACACCAGGAGAAACCCGUUACAACAGAAGUCACACCAGAACACGUGUGAUCAUAGAGCAAACAUUUGGCAUAUUGAAGUCAAGAUUCAGGUGUCUGCAUCAUUCUGGAGGAACUCUUCAGUAUGAUCCCAUUAAGUGCUCCAAAAUUGCAAUUACCUGCCUGCUUCUCCAUAAUUAUUGUGUGAAACGAAGGAUACCAAUUCCGCAGGAGAUUGUAGAAAAUGAUGGCGAGAUGAACAUUGCAGCAGAAGCUGCUGAACGUGGCACAGGUCGUGCAACCUUCUGUGAUUAUAAAAUUAUAAGACUGCACCAGAAUAUUGUUAACAUUAUUAUUGCCAUGUCUAUACAACAAAUAUUUGUUACUUCUGUAACCAAAAAGGAAAUUAUAUAA